UGUCCGCAAGCCUUUCGCCAAGAUACACACACGCGCGCACACGCUCUCACAGGAAUAGAAAAAGAGAGGGAGUUCGUGUGGCUUCGUGAGAACACCAUGAGCACAUGAGCUUGACCAAUAUCCACGCUGUUUAAUAACCUAGGGACAGCGCAGAGUGAGGAGUGUGAGAAUAAUCAUGUCCACAUUGUUGCGGUGUGUGUGUGGCGUCCCCGUCAGACGUUUCCACAACAUUCCUGCACUCUGGAACCAACAUGUGGUUAAAGGUGUUCCUUAUAAGGACGUGCUGGUGGGUGUUCCUAAGGAGAUUGUAAAGAAUGAGCGGCGGGUAGCGGUGUCCCCUGCUGGUGUAGAGGCCAUGGUAAAGCAGGGUUUCCGAGUGCAGGUGGAGGAAGGAGCCGGACGAGAGGCACAGUUCUCCGACCAGCAGUACCAAGCGGCAGGAGCCUCCAUCACCAAUACCACAGGAGCGUUUAACUCAGACCUCGUGCUUAAAGUGCGAGGGCCAGUGUUCAACGACGCCUUGGGUCUCCAUGAGUCAGAGCUGCUGAAGACAGGCUCCACUCUGGUAAGUUUUAUUUAUCCGGCUCAGAAUCCUGAUUUGAUGAAGAGACUGGGACAGCGGCACAGCACAGUGCUUGCCAUGGACCAGGUGCCACGCGUCACCAUCGCUCAGGGCUAUGACGCUCUCAGCUCCAUGGCCAACAUUGCUGGGUACAAGGCUGUGGUCCUCGCUGCUAACAAUUUUGGUAGAUUUUUUACUGGGCAAAUUACAGCAGCAGGGAAGGUUCCUCCUGCCAAGGUGCUGGUGAUUGGUGGAGGUGUAGCCGGCUUGGCUGCUGCUGGAGCUGCUAAAUCUAUGGGAGCCAUUGUGAGAGGUUUCGACACCAGACCUGCAGCUCUGGAGCAGUUCAAGUCUUUCGGAGCGGAACCUUUGGAGGUGGAUGUGAAGGAAUCUGGGGAGGGAGUCGGAGGUUAUGCCAAGGAGAUGUCUAAAGAGUUCAUCGAGGCUGAGAUGGCUCUGUUCGCCAAACAGUGCAAAGAAGUGGACAUCGUCAUCAGCACGGCUCUUAUUCCUGGUAAAAAAGCACCUGUGUUAAUAACAAGGGAGAUGGUGGAGAGUAUGAAGGACGGAUCAGUGGUGGUGGAUAUGGCAGCAGAAGCAGGAGGAAAUAUAGAGACAACAAAACCUGGAGAACUGCACAUACACAAGGGAGUAACACACAUUGGUUACACAGAUCUGCCGAGCCUCAUGGCCACACAGUCGAGCGCUCUGUACUCCAACAAUGUGUUGAAGCUCCUGAAAGCCAUCAGUCCUGAUAAAGAGAGGUUCCACUUCAUGCCCAGCGACACAUUCGACUAUGGCACCAUCGAUCACGUCAUCAGAGGCACCGUGGUCAUGCUGGAAGGUAAGAAUCUUUUCCCCGCCCCCUUACCAAGGACCGCCCCACCCGUGUCCCCAGACAAACAGAGAACCGUAGCUGAACUGGAGGCGGAGAAAAAGGCAGGGAUUUCUCCAUUCAGAAAAACCAUGACCUCAGCUGGAGUUUACACAGCAGGUGUAUCCUCAGUGAUUGGGUUAGGCCUCAUCUCCCCCAAUGCUGCGUUCACACAGAUGGUGACGACAUUUGGCCUGGCGGGAAUCGUGGGAUAUCACACAGUGUGGGGCGUGACUCCUGCAUUACACUCGCCGCUAAUGUCUGUCACCAAUGCCAUCUCAGGUCUGACAGCAGUAGGCGGGUUGGUGUUGAUGGGUGGAGGUCUGUCUCCUUCUACACUUCCUGAAUCUCUUGCUUUGCUCGCAGCCUUUGUUUCCUCCAUCAACAUUGCAGGUGGCUUCCUUAUCACACAGAGGAUGCUGGACAUGUUCAAAAGACCUACAGAUCCCCCAGAGUAUAACUACCUGUACGCUGUACCUGGAGCCGUAUUUGUGGGCGGAUAUGGAGCGGCACAUUACGCUGGAUACAGCAUUGAACAGAUGAUGUAUUUGGGUGCGGGGCUGUGUUGUGUCGGUGCAUUAGCCGGUCUCUCGGCUCAGGGUACCAGUCGCCUCGGUAACACGUUGGGGAUGAUUGGCGUGUCAGGUGGUAUUGCAGCUACACUUGGAGCACUCAACCCCUCACCUGAGCUCCUGACACAGAUGUCCCUGGCCAUGGCAACUGGAGGAACUCUGGGGCUCACUGUGGCUAAACGGAUUGAGAUCUCAGACCUGCCUCAACUAGUCGCUGCUUUUCAUAGUCUGGUUGGACUCGCUGCAGUUCUCACCUGCGUUGCUGAGUUCAUGAUCGAGCACCCACACCUUGACACUCACCCGGCCGCCUCAGUGCUCAAGUGCGUCGCCUACCUAGGGACCUACAUCGGUGGGGUGACCUUUACUGGCUCCCUGGUGGCCUAUGGCAAGCUGCAAGGUCUCCUAGACUCCGCCCCUCUGCUCCUGCCCGGUCGUCACAUGUUGAAUGCGUGUCUGAUAGCUGCCUCGGCAGGAGGGUUAGUGCCCUUCAUGUUGACUGACAGCUAUAUGACAGGGAUGGGCUGUUUGCUGGGUGUGUCCGCUCUCUCCGGGGUCAUGGGUGUGACCCUGACCGCAGCGAUAGGUGGCGCUGACAUGCCUGUAGUGAUCACAGUGCUGAACAGUUACUCAGGCUGGGCCCUAUGUGCUGAAGGCUUCCUGUUGGAUAAUAACCUGAUGACCAUCGUGGGAGCUCUGAUCGGCUCGUCCGGAGCCAUCCUUUCCUACAUCAUGUGUGUGGCGAUGAAUCGUUCUCUUCCUAACGUGAUCCUUGGUGGAUACGGAACCACGUCAACAGCUGGAGGAAAACCGAUGGAGAUUGUCGGCACACACACUGAGGUGAACCUGGACCAGGCUGUGGAGAUGAUCAAAGAGGCCAACAGCAUCAUUAUCACACCCGGGUGGGGUCUGUGUGCAGCGAAGGCUCAGUAUCCCAUUGCUGACAUGGUGAAGAUGCUGACGGAGCAAGGCAAGAGUGUCAGGUUUGGGAUUCACCCAGUGGCAGGACGCAUGCCAGGACAGCUGAACGUGCUGCUUGCCGAGGCUGGAGUUCCUUACGACGUGGUUCUGGAAAUGGACGAGAUUAACGAGGAUUUCCCUGAGACUGAUCUGACUCUUGUGAUCGGAGCCAACGACACGGUUAACUCCGCGGCUCAGGAGGAUCCGAACUCCAUUAUCGCUGGGAUGCCGGUGCUGGAGGUGUGGAAGUCCAAACAGGUGAUCGUGAUGAAGCGGACUCUGGGUGUAGGCUAUGCCGCUGUGGAUAAUCCCAUCUUUUACAAAGCCAACACGGCGAUGCUGCUGGGAGACGCCAAGAAGACCUGCGACAGUCUGCAGGCUAAAAUCAGAGACGCGAUCGCUAGCAAUUAGCAUGACGUUUAUUUUUCAUCACACUCCACUGCACACUCAGUGU